AAUCAUAUAGGCACACAGCCGAAUGAUUAUUUUCCAGCUUCUCUGAGCCUCGUUCUUUUUCUUUUUGAAGCUUGAUCGAUAGUAUAGAAAUAACAAGCGACAUUGUUGCAAAUACUUUUAGACUGCAAGAAAAUGAGCGGUUCAGUGAAGAAGAUCGCCGACGUGACUUUCAAGGCCGGCAGGACUAUUGAUUGGGAAGGAAUGGCCAAGCUUCUUGUCACCGAUGAAGCUCGCAAGGAGUUCUCCAAUCUCCGUCGCGCUUUCGAUGAUGUCAACUCCCAACUUCAGACCAAGUUCAGCCAGGAACCUGAACCUAUCAACUGGGAGUAUUACAGAAAAGGAAUCGGUUCUCGCUUGGUAGACAUGUACAAAGAGGCCUAUGACAGCGUUGAGAUCCCCAAGUUUGUGGAUACGGUGACUCCUCAAUAUAAACCCAAAUUUGACGCCUUGUUGGUGGAGCUGAAAGAAGCGGAGCAGAAAUCUCUGAAGGAAUCUGAAAGAUUAGAAAAAGAAGUUGCAGACGUGCAAGAGUUGAAGAAAAAACUUAGUACGAUGACAGCUGAAGAAUACUUUGAGAAGCAUCCUGAGCUGAAGAAGAAGUUCGAUGAUGAAAUUCGAAAUGAUUACUGGGGCUAUUAGCAGGUUUUGGGUGAAGUUAGAUCUAAGUUGAUCGGUGGUUAGGAAUAAAAGAAAAAGAAGUAGUAAUUGAUUUGUUUCAAAUGUUAACUAGAGUGAAUCUCAUCACUUGGGCAUCCUAAUAUGGCCUUGCGUUUCGGGGCAAAAGAGAUGUUUGAGUGGAAAAAUUCUAUAAAUUCUCUUUUUGCAAUUUCACUAGGCUUUUAGAGAUGCAACCCAAUCUUUUUACUAGCUCACUGAAACACAACUCUCCAUAAAGGAAUACUUUCUUUUGAGAUA